AUGGCUUCUGUUCCCCUGCUGAGAGUUUCUUCCACCACACCCCAUUUUUUCAAGAUCAUUCUGGACGACACUUCUAAACACAAACUUAAAAUUCCGAAGAAAUUUGUGAUGAAAUAUGGAAAGGAUCUAUCAAGUUCAGUAUGUCUUAAGCUUCCAAGUGGUUCUGAAUGGGAAGUUGAAUUGACAAGAUGCAAAGGUAAGAUUUGGUUUGAGAAGGGAUGGCCAGAGUUCUUUAUGUUCUGUUCACUAGACUACGGGAGUUUCCUGGUUUUCCGAUAUGAAGGAAAUUCUCAUUUCCGUGUUUGCAUAUUUGAUAUGAGUGCCACCGAGGUUGAUUAUCCCAUAACAAUUCCCAAAAUUGACGAAGCUGAAGAUUUAUCUAUUGAAAUCUUGGAGGAUUUUCAACUCAAUCCUAAAACAAUAAGGAAAUCUCCACGAUUUAACAGUGUGGAUGAUUUGUCUUCAGAGAAAGAUGGCAGUGUCACUAGAGGCUCGUCUGGCACUCAAAAGCUCCUAAAUCAGACAUCUCUCAAGGUCGUUCUUGGCAAUGCUAUAUCUCUUCGUAGAGCUUAUGAUUUCAAAACUGAAAACCCUUUAUUCAUUGUAUCCAUGAAGCCUUCGGAAACACAAAGUUCUUUGUCUUUGCCGUUGAAUUUUGCCAAACGACAUUUUAUUAAGCGGCCUGCUAGCAACAUCACCCUUCAAAUUUUGGACGGAAGGACAUGGUCUGUUGAGUUCACAUACAGUGAAGAAGAAGCUCGAUUCCAGGAAGGCUGGUUGACAUUUGUGAAGGAUAAUAAUUUGGAAGUUGGGAGAAAUAGUUUUCCGACCCAAAAGGAUGGUGGAAACUCUUCUGGUUCUCAAACAUUUCUAAAGCCAACAACACCUCAUGAGGCUCCCAGUAGGAUGAAGCAAUUGACUGUAACUGAGAAAGCUGAUGCCUUCAAGUCGGAUAAACCUCCUUCUUUUAGGAUUGCCUUGCAGCCUUCUUAUAUUGAACGACCUGUCAUGUCUAUACCAAAUGAAUUUGCCAAGAGAUAUCUUAUGAAUUUCCCUGCUGACAUUGCCAUCCUUAAAGUUUUGGAUGGAAGAACUUGGCAUGUUAAAUUCAAGUAUGAUCAUGCAAACUCGAGAGGCCGACUCAUGAAGGGCUGGUUACCUUUUGUGAGGGAGAAUAAUUUGAAAGUCGGUGAUGUGUGUGUCUUUACCCUGGUUAACAGCAUUGAACUUUUAUUUGAAGUUGUCUUUUUCCCCACCACAGAGUCUGCAAAUUGCUCAUCGCCUACAGGCCAUGGCAUAGGCUCAACUAUUCAAAAUGGAAGGACAGAAUCUUCUGUAGUUAAAGUUGAACCCGAAUGCAGCCUGAGCUGUGAAAUUGGAUUUAAUCUAGGCAACAACAUGUCAAAAACUAAGGGGCAGGUCACUCAAAUGCCUUCUUCAUCUUUGAGGACAUCAAGGGUUAAUCUUGAAGCUGCUAGCAAGUUUUCACCAAAGAAUCCCUUCUUCAAAGUCACCCUGGGGUCAGGCCAUAGUCUGCAUGUACCAGAUAAAUUUGCUAGGAGUUUCAUCAAACAUGUCAAACAAACAGGGAUCCUUCAGGUCAAAGAUAGAUCAUGGCACGUGAAUUUGAUUCCUUUUAAGAAGCCACGCGCUAUUUCAAUUUGUGGAGGUUGGGCUGCAUUUAUAAAGGAAAAUUGUUUAAGAGAAGGAGAUGUUUGCAUAUUUGAGCUCAUGGAGAUGAUUGAUAUUGUACUGAAAGUUCACAUAUUCAGAUGUUGCUUAGAAGGGAAAUAA